AUGCAAGGCCCCUUGUACAUUGGGUUCGAUCUCUCGACCCAGCAACUGAAAGGCCUGGUGGUCAAUUCCGACCUGAAGGUCGUCUACGUGUCGAAAUUCGACUUCGACGCCGACUCCCGCGGCUUUCCCAUCAAGAAGGGCGUUCUGACCAACGAGGCCGAACACGAGGUCUUUGCACCCGUGGCGCUAUGGCUCCAGGCGUUGGACGGCGUGCUGGAAGGGCUGCGCAAGCAGGGACUCGACUUCAGUCGCGUCAAGGGCAUUAGCGGCGCCGGCCAGCAGCACGGCAGCGUCUACUGGGGGGACAACGCCGAGGUGUUGCUCAAGACCCUAGACGCGAACAAGUCGCUGGAGGAGCAGCUGAGUGGAGCCUUCUCGCACCCGUAUAGCCCCAAUUGGCAGGAUUCGAGCACCCAGAAGGAAUGUGACGAGUUCGAUGCCUACCUGGGCGGCCAAGAGCAAUUGGCGGAUGCAACGGGAAGUAAGGCUCAUCAUAGAUUCACAGGUCCCCAGAUUCUCCGCUUCCAGCGAAAAUACCCCGACGUGUACAAGCGAACGGGGCGCAUUUCGCUGGUCUCUUCCUUCUUGGCAUCCUUGCUGCUGGGCCGCAUUGCCCCGUUGGAUAUCUCGGAUGCCUGUGGUAUGAACCUAUGGAAUAUUCAAAAGGCCGCAUAUGAUGAUCGGCUGCUGAAGCUGUGCUCCGGUCCCUUUGGCGUGGAGGACCUGAAGCGGAAACUGGGCGACGUGCCCGAGGACGGAGGCAUCCGUCUGGGUAAAAUCGACCGGUACUUUGUCGAGCGAUAUGGGUUCGCUCUGGACUGUACCGUGGUCCCGUCGACCGGUGACAACCCGGCCACGAUCCUGGCCUUGCCCCUGAGACCGUCGGACGCGAUGGUCUCCCUGGGAACUUCGACUACGUUCCUCAUGUCGACUCCCAGCUACAAGCCCGACCCGGCGACGCAUUUCUUCGACCAUCCGACCACGCCGGGUCUCUACAUGUUCAUGCUGUGCUAUAAGAACGGCGGUCUGGCGCGUGAGCUGGUCCGCGAUGCGAUCAACGAGAAGUUGGGCGGCAGCGCUGCCGAUUCGUGGGCGAACUUUGACAAGUACACCCUGCAGACCGCUCCGUUGGGUCAGAAAUCCGCCUCCGACCCCUUGAAACUGGGCCUCUUCUUCCCUCGACCGGAGAUUGUCCCCAACAUCCACAAGGGACAGUGGCGCUACACCUACGAUCCCAAGGACGGUAGCCUUCGCGAGUCUAGCAGCGAGUGGGACGUGCCGCUGGACGAGGCGCGCGCGAUUGUCGAAAGUCAAUUGCUCUCCCUGCGGCUGCGGUCCCGCGGUCUCACGCAGAGCCCCGGCGAAGGCAUCCCCGCUCAACCCCGACGAGUGUACUUGGUCGGAGGCGGAUCCAAGAACAAAGCGAUCGCCAAGCUGGCCGGGGAGAUUCUCGGCGGCAGCGAGGGCGUCUACAAGCUGGAGAUCGGAGACAACGCCUGUGCGCUGGGCGCGGCGUACAAGGCUGUUUGGGCGAUUGAAAGAUCGCGCGGACAGACCUUUGAAGAUCUGAUCGGCCAGCGAUGGAGGGAAGAGGACUUCAUCGAGAAGAUUGCCGAGGGGUACCAGGAGGGCGUGUUCGAACAGUACGGCAAGGCUGUCGAGGGAUUCGAAAAGAUGGAAGCCCAGGUCCUGAAGGAAGAGGCAGGCCGCAAACGCUAUCCCCUCUCCUCUCUCCUCCCCCCCCUCCAUUCUGACUUGCUUUCUGAGUCCUACCCUGACUCCGAAGGCAGCUCGGCUGGUCGAAGAUGGAAGAACAGAUUGAUUGAGUAUUACUCGGUUCCUGACGUGGAUGUUCUCUUCUCUCAGGUAGCAAAUGCCAUAGAAAUCGCCUGGAACCAUUCCUCAGACCAAGCCCUCAAGGCCCAAGCUAUCGAAUAUGUGAACCAACUCCGCACCGACCCCUCGGGAUGGCAGGCCUGCCUCAACCUCUUCACCAAGUCUCCGCCGCAGUCUGAAAUCGUACGCUUCGUGGCUCUGGAAGUCGUCAACAGUGCUGCCCAGGGCGGUCUGAUUGACCCCCAGUCCUUAGUCUACGUGCGGGACGGCUUGCUGUUGUACCUCCGCCAGGUGUACGGACAAGAAAAUGCAACCCCCGACCUUCCCAAUAUCCAGAACAAGAUCGCCCAGACUGUGACGUUCCUCUUCUCGGCGCUGUAUGGGAACGGGUGGGAGUCGUUCUUCGACGACCUCCUCGCCCUGACACAGAAGAGCCCCGCCAGCACGACACGCGACAACCCGCUGGGAAUCGUCUUCUACCUUCGCGUGAUCAACUCCAUUCACGAUGAGAUCGGUGACGUCUUGGUGUCCCGAUCCCGCCACGAGCAGGAUAAGGCCAAUUCGUUGAAGGACUUGAUUCGUGUCCAAGACAUGCAGAAGAUCGCCAACUCAUGGCAAGAAAUCUUGUCGGAGUGGCGGGACGGGAACGACUUGAUCGUCGAGAUGGCGCUGAAGGCGGUUGGCAGCUGGGUCAGCUGGAUUGACAUCGGCCUCGUGGUGAACCAGACCAUGCUGGACUUGCUGUUCCAGCAGCUGGGCCGGGCGCAGAAGGCGGAGCUGCGAGACGGCGAGGAGAAGGUGCGAGAUGCGGCGGUGGACGUCUUUACGGAGAUCAUCGGCAAGAAGAUGAAGCCGGAGGACAAGAUUGAUAUGAUCAUAUUCUUGAAUCUCGACACUAUUGUUUCCCAACUCUCGAAUAGCCCCCCUCUCUACGACAAUAGGUUCACGUUCAAGUACGACACCGAUCUCGCGGAAACCGUUGCCAAGCUCGUCAACAUCAGCGUCGUGGAUAUCGUGCGGGCUUUGGAACAGGAUACGGUCAGCGCCGGUUGUCGGGAGAAGGCUACCGGCCUGUUGCAGGCCUUCCUGCCGCACAUCCUGAGAUACUUUUCCGACGAGUACGACGAAGUCUGCUCCACCAUCAUCCCGUCCGUGAGCGACCUUCUGUCGUACCUGCGCAGGAUCGCCAAGACCAACCCUGCCCUGGCUGCGCAGCACUCUUCGAUCCUCCUCCCCAUCCUGAAAGCGAUCAUUGCGAAGAUGCGAUACGACGAGACUUCCUCGUGGGGUGACGAGGACGACCAGGAAGACGAGGCGGAAUUCCAGGAUCUCCGCAAGAGACUGGGCGUACUUCAGCAGAUCAUCGCCACCGUGAACGAGCCGCUUUAUAUCGACGCGGUCUCUGAGGUUGUGGCCACGACGUUCGAGAAUCUGCGCCAAUCGGGCACCCAGCUUGACUGGCGGGAUCUGGAUCUUGCCUUGCAUGAAAUGUUCCUCUUCGGAGAUAUUGCUGUCAAGGCCGGCAGUCUCUAUAUCAAGGGCGCUCCCCACAAUCCUGCUGCGGAGCGAUUGAUUGAAAUGAUGUUGAGGAUGGUCGAGUCCGAUAUUCGGUCAUUUACCCACCCCGCAACGCAGUUGCAGUAUAUGGAAAUCUGCGUCCGCUAUAGCUCGUUCUUCCAGUAUCAUUCCCACCUUAUCCCGGGCGUUCUGGAAAGCUUCCUCCAACUCGUGCACCACCCGAUUAAGAAGGUGAAGACGCGGUCCUGGUACCUGUUCCAGCGCCUGGUGAAGCAGCUGAGGGCCAACCUUGGCAACGUGGCGCAAACCGUUGUGGAGGCCCUGGGCGAUUUGCUGGUUAUCCAAGCCGAGGUAUCUACAGAUGGAUCGGAUGGCGACGAAAUGUCUUCGGAGGACCACGAGGGCUCCGCCGACGCCGUCUUCAAUAGCCAGCUGUACCUGUUCGAGGCGGUUGGCAUCAUCUGCUCGACCCCCGCCGUUCCAGCGGAUCAGCAGGUUCUCUACGCGCAAUCCGUGAUGACCCCCGUGUUUCUCGACAUGCAAAAGAACCUCGGCCCUGCCAAGUCGAACGACGAGCGAGCUUUGCUCCAGAUCCACCACGACAUCAUGGCACUGGGGACUCUGGCCCGCGGAUUCUCGGACUGGAUGCCGGGUACGUCUACGCCCUCUGCCCUGCCAGCUGUCGAGGUUUCGGAAGCCUUUGUCCAGGUGUCCGAAGCCACGCUCGUCUCGUUGGAGUCUUUGAAGACGUCGUUCAAUAUCCGAACGGCUGCCCGGUUCGCCUUCUCCCGGUUGAUCGGCGUUCUGGGCGCCCGGAUCCUCCCGCAGUUGCCGCAGUGGAUCGAUGGCUUGCUCACUCAGACCUCCUCCCGCGACGAGAUGGCCCUCUUCUUGCGUCUUCUGGAUCAGGUCAUCUUCGGAUUCAAGGGUGAGAUCUAUAACAUCCUUGAUACUCUUUUGACACCGUUUUUGCAACGAGUAUUCUCUGGCAUUGCCGAUCCUACUACCGGUACCGACGACGAAAUUCAAUUGGCGGAGUUGAAACGAGAAUACCUGAACUUCUUGCUGGCGGUCUUAAACAACGAUUUGGGUGCUGUGAUUAUCAGCGAGAGAAACCAACCUAUGUUUGAUACCGUGAUCACCACCAUCGAACAUUUCGCCAAGGAUGUCGAGGACUUUACGACUGCCAAGAUGGCCUUCUCGCUACUCUCCAAGAUGGGUAGCUCCUGGGGUGGACCGGAUCUCACCCCCGACGGCGCCAACGGGACCUCGGCGCAGCAGGUUGCCCUGCCUGGAUUCGGACAGUUCAUGAUCACGCGCAUGUCGCCACUCUGCUGGGCUCUUCCGGCCACUCCGUCCUUCAACGCUAAGGACGCGCAGGCCAAGCAGGUUCUUGCCGAAGCGGGUGGGCUGCAGCGUACGAUCUACUGUAAGACGGGUAUGGAGUAUAUUGAAUAUCUGCGGGAUCGCGAGCUUCCCGGCAUGGGGAUGGGGGCAGAUCUUGUGGAAGAAUUUUUGGGUGCACUGAGCCGGUUGGACACGAGGGGAUUCCGGCAAUUCUUCCCGACCUUUAUCCAGCGUUUGAGCGCAUGA